CGUCGCCCUCAGCCCUACCGGUAUGCGCUGCAGGCCGCAGCUCCAAGCUAUUGCUUCGCACGUCCAACACCGAUUGCACGCACGCCAAUUGACAGGCACAGCCAUGCUCCGCUCGGCUGCCUCGCCCUGGAGAAGUGUCGCACACCGCGCCGGUGCUGCGACCGCGCGAAGACGAUGCAUCAACAUUUCCGCGACGCACACGUCCACCGAGCCUGCACUCGACCAGCGCACAAACGUCGAUGCUGCGGCAACACCAGUGGUCUCGCCUGAUGCACAUUUCGAGGUCAUCGGCACGCCCUUCUCCCUCCUCUCCGUCUCCCUCUCCGCGUCGCAAACCCUCUUCACCCGCCGUGGCACCCUGAUCGGUUUGAACGGCAAGUCGGAAAACACCUUAUCGACCCUCUCCUUCCUCGAGCCGUUUAGGCGCGCGCCCGUCGGCAUUCCCUUCCUCUACCAGAAGAUCUCCUCCACCACCCCAGUCACAGCAUUGGUCUCCACCAAGUCGCCGAUAUCUAGUAUUGUCACAGUCAACCUUGAUGGCAGGCAAGACUGGGUCAUCAGCCAGAGGCAGGCGCUGCUGGCCUGGACAGGCCACACCCUCAGCUUGAAGCCUCAGUACAACGUGAAGCUGGGGCUGGCGCAUUGGGGCAACACAUACAUCACCGGACGUGGUCUGCUCGCGCUCGCUGGGAGUGGGCAGAUUUACCAGGUGCAGUUGAAGGCUGGCGAGAGCUAUGUUGCGCAUCCAGCCAACGUUGUCGCAUACACAGCAUCAGCGACACCGCCAAUGCCUUUCCGAUUCAAGUCGUCAAACUUCCGCCUCCAGGUCCCUGAUCUUGGGUUCGGGUCUUUUGUGCAGAACGCCAAGUUCUUCAGAAUCAUGAGCCAAACAACAACAUGGCGUGCCCUCUCAAGAACGUGGUAUACUCUCAAGACCUGGAUGCGGCGAUCAAUCUGGGGAGAUAGGUUAUUCCUCCGCUUCGAGGGGCCAACAACAAUGCUGCUUCAGUCUCGUGCCUCGCGCAUCAGCGACGUCCUGACAUUGAAGGAUGUCGACGAGAUCGCCGAGAGCCAGCCUGGCGCUGUACAGGAUGCCGUGGACCGCAAAAUCAAGGAGGAGAUCAAGCAGAUUGGUGCAGGUACCACCGCACCCGGAGCUCAGGAGAGCUCUGUUGGUACCGUGAAGUACGCAACAGUCAGGAGUGGAAAAGCUUCUUUUGAAGGCCCCAGUACACCCGCAUCAUAGGGUGCUUUGUACAAUAUGUAAAGCAUUUUGGCACUUUCUUGAUGGUGCAGCAGCAUUCGACGGGCGAAAGGUUUAUGUCUGCGUAUUCGGUCUCAGUGUCGC